AUGGAGGAGUAUCCACCUAAGGGAGUCCGGAAUACUCCCCCAUCGUACUUACUUUUGAAAAGGAUACAGCACUUGAAAGAUGAAUUACGGACAGCUAAUUUUUGUGGAGG